CCAUUGCAUAAAUAUAACCACUCGAUUACGAAUUCAAAUCAUAGAGCGAAAUGUCCUUCAUUUCUAGCAAAGUGUAUAGCCCUUUCAAUGAUCCAUUUAGCUACAGUGAUUGGGACCCGUUCUUUGAUUUUUAUCAAUUUGGAGGAGCCCUUGCUCAUCAUCAUCAUCAUCCCCACCAUGUUGUUGCAGGGCACCCAACAGCUUUCCCACUCGGAGUAACUAGACAUGCGCGUGUUAGCUCAUCAAAGAUUGAACGGAAGGAGACUCCAGAAGCACAUAUAGUGAAAGCUGAAGUUCCAGGGCUGAAGAGAGAAGAAGUGAAGGUGGAACUAGAGGAAGGUGGAGACGUACUCUGCAUUAGCGGGGAAAAGAAAGUUGAGAAAGAAGAGAAAAAUGGCAACUGGUACCGUGUGGAGCACAGCAGUGGCAAGUUUGUUCAGCGUGUAAGGUUGCCGGAGAAAGCAAUAGCAGAUAAGAUGAAGGCUCAUAUGGAAAAUGGAGUGAUUACUAUUACUAUACCUAAGAGAGAGAUCAACAAUUCCUCUAGGACCUUACAGAUUUUCUGAUCAGCCGGGAAAACUUUGUUUCCCUUAUUAUAUAAAAUAGAGUUAGAUCUGUUUGGACGUUAUGUCAAGAAAUAAUCGUGACUUUGAUAAAAUAUGGAAGUUAUUAUUACUA